CUGUCAACGGCGACGUCUGCCGUAGCCGCAUUGCAUAUUGCAUCAGCAAUUAAGUAAAACUGCCUAUAUAGGUUUCAAAUUUAUUAAAAAUGGUGUUGGAUUUAGAUCUUUUCCGUAGUGAUAAAGGUGGAAAUCCUGAUAAAAUUAGGGAAAAUCAAAAGAAACGAUUUAAAGAUGUUGCGUUGGUAGAUGCCGUCGUGGAAAAAGAUACCACAUGGAGACAGUUGAGACAUAAAGCAGAUAACUGGAAUAAAUUGAAAAAUUUAUGUAGUAAAGCUAUUGGCGAAAAAAUGAAGAAGAAGGAAAAUCAAGGAGAUCCUAAUGGACUAAUUCCUGAAAGUGUGUCGGCACAACUGGAAAAUUUAACUGCAGAGCUACUCCAGCCAUUAACAGUAAAUCAGAUUAAGAAGGUACGUACCUUAAUUGAUGAAGCAAUAGAAAGAAACGAUAACGAGUUAUUAAAAACAGAGAAAGAACGAAAUUAUGCACUCAAAGAAGUUGGCAAUCACUUACAUGAGUCAGUUCCUGUUGAUGAUGAUGAAGAUAAUAAUAAAGUUGAAAGGACUUUUGGAGACUGCACUUUAAGAAAAAAAUAUUCCCAUGUUGAUUUAAUUCAUAUGAUAGAUGGAAUGGAUGCUGAGAGGGGAGCUGUUGUUUCUGGAGGCCGUGGCUAUUACUUAACAGGUCCGGCCGUUUUCUUAGAGCAUGCAUUAAUUCAGUUGUCUUUACGAAUUUUGCAUAAAAAGGGUUAUAAACCACUGUACACUCCAUUUUUUAUGAGGAAAGAGAUAAUGCAAGAGGUAGCUCAAUUGUCUCAAUUUGACGAAGAGUUGUAUAAAGUAAUUGGUAAGGGUAGUGAAAAAGCCGAUGAAAAGGAUGUAGAAGAAAAAUAUUUAAUAGCUACCUCUGAGCAACCAAUUGCAGCGUUCCAUAGGGAUGAAUGGAUCCCUGAAAGCUCUCUGCCCAUUCGUUAUGCAGGCUUAUCUACAUGCUUUAGACAAGAAGUAGGUUCUCAUGGAAGAGAUACUAGAGGAAUUUUUAGAGUACAUCAAUUUGAAAAGGUGGAACAAUUUUGCCUUACCUCACCGUUUGAUAACAAAUCGUGGGAAAUGAUGGACGAAAUGAUAUCUAACGCGGAGGAGUUCUGCCAACUUCUAGAGAUACCUUACCGUAUUGUCAACAUAGUAUCCGGAGCCUUAAACAAUGCUGCCGCCAAGAAGUUUGACUUGGAGGCGUGGUUCUCAGGAUCGGGGGCAUUUCGGGAACUGGUGUCAUGUAGUAAUUGUUUGGAAUAUCAAGCAAGGAGGCUGUUGGUCCGAUACGGCCAAACGAAGAAAAUGAAUGCCGCCACGGAUUACGUGCAUAUGCUUAACGCUACGAUGUGUGCUACAACUAGAGUAAUAUGUGCUAUCUUAGAAACACAUCAAACGGAAACGGGAAUUAAAGUACCAGCUGUUUUGAAACAGUAUAUGCCUGAGGAAUACGCAGAGGAAAUUAAGUUCGUGAAGCCGGCUCCUAUCGAUGUCGAAAAAGAUUCGAAGAAAUCCAAGAAAACGAAAAAAGGUGCUGGUGAAGAAUAAUGAAAAUGAUUACUAAUUACUUAAUAUGCAUUUUAAAUACGUUCUAAUUCCAGUAUUUAUACUUCACUUGGCUUUAAACGGAAGGAAAUCUAUUAUAUUUAAUUUUUUUUUAUUGAUUAAAAGUUUGAUUUAUUUAUU